AUGCGCUCCGUGUACAACUGUAACAGAGAAGUUGAUGCUCCUCUUCCGGUUAUACGUCGGGUUUCGGUUUGCCGUGCGGGAUCUGCAACAGUUCCCAUGAGAACGCAGUGCUCGUGGAAUACGCUGCAGGGUCAGUUAUGGGACGAAGGAAGAGGCAUGCUAGCAGCGCAGAUUUACGAGAAAUGCGUGAUCGGCGAGAACAGCGAGCGAGCGAUGCGCAAAACGCAAGGGUCUCAGGAGAGCGUGUCUCUCUGUGGAGUGAGCGCGUGCAAAUGCAGUACUGGGCAAAAACCAUGCAAUUCAAAGACGUUGGCGAAAUGA